AUAUUUGACACGUGCUCCGCUCCAUGAUCAACCGCACAUGUUUAUCUGAAAUACCCCGCAUAGCCACCUUCAUCCAAGAAAUAUCAGUCCACAAAAUGAAUACCCAAGCCGUUGAAACCCCUCGACACCCAAUCGCCCUCCGCAAAGAAUUCAUCGCCGAGUUCGAACGAACCAUACUUCUGAAACCCAUCGCAGAUCGACCUGAAGGACAACGCUCAUCGAAAGACUACACCAUCCUCGACGCGUCAGACAACACGACUCUAUUCACAGCAUCGGGCAGGAAAUUCAAGAAACCAUCAUGUCGCGAGAUUCGUGACUCAUCGGGUCUUCCCCUCUUCGAUAUCCAUUAUCAUACCCGUAUGUUCAAGGAAUCGUGGGCGAUUAAAUUACCCGGUGGAGAUGGUGUGACUCUGGCAUCUACCACAGCGAAACGAGCACCAAAUAAAGAGAAAGUUGAAUUCCCCCUCUCGUUUCAGAAUGCCGUUGAUGAUGGACACGUUGCGAUGAAUGUGCAUGCGCCAGGGGCGUAUCUCUACAAGUUUUAUGUCACAGUUGGCGAUCGGCAGGUCAUAUCCAUCACGCACAACAUGUUCGACGGUGCAUCUUGUACCCGUGGUUUACCUAGUGAGAGGGGAAAGUACAUGGCUCAUCGAGCUGAAUGGGAGGCUGAAGUGGCCGCGGAUGUUGAUCUAUCUUUGGUGAGUUGUUCGAGAGGGUGUAGAUGAUGCUAAUAUCUCCAGGCUGCUGCCAUCAUGGUGAUAUGCUCCGACUUUGUUUAUGGAAGUGGUCGAUUAUCUCUUUACACCACAUAGUACAUCCAAAU